UCACUCUAAUUUGCAGCUACCCACGUGAAAUUUUCCUUCCCAAUGUGAAUCCUCCUUUGAUAUUUGUUGAGAAAUAUCAUCAAUGGAGUCCACAGGAAUCUCAUGGCUUCACAGGCUUCAAACUUCUUCUUGCUUCUUCUUCGUCCUCUCUCUUUUGCUGCUCACCAUCUCUGUAGCUUUGAUCUUCUGUAAAUUUCUCUGGUUUUCGAGACGUAGGCUUUUAUGCCGAUGUCACAUUUGUGAUAGUUAUCGUACGUCUAGCUGGGCAAAUGAAUUCGAUAACCUCUGCGAUUGGUACACUCACCUCCUCAAGAAAUCUCCAUCCCAGACCAUUCACAUCCAUGUUCUCGGCAACGUCAUCACCGCGAAUCCGGUGGUGGUUGAGUACAUGCUCAAGACCAGAUUCAACAAUUACCCGAAAGGGAAGCCUUUCUCUAUGAUCCUCGGUGAUUUCCUCGGCAAAGGCAUUUUCAACGUCGACGGAGAUUGGUGGAUGUUCCAGAGGAAGAUGGCGAGCCUCGAGCUUGGGAGCAUCGCUAUCCGGUCCCACGCGUACAAAACCGUCACGAAAGAGAUUGAGACCCGGCUCCUCCCGCUUUUGUCGGCGGCGGCUGAGGACGGGAAGAAGAUCCUGGAUCUACAGGACGUCUUCCAGAGGUUCUCUUUCGAUAACAUUUGUAAUUUUUCUUUUGGGGUAGACCCGGGGUGCCUUGAGUCUUCCAUGCCCAUUUCCAGCUUUGCCGAGUCGUUCAACCUCGCGACAAAGUUAUCGGCGGAGCGAGCGCUCGCAAUCACUCCAUUAGUGUGGAAGAUGAAGCGGCUACUUAACGUCGGCUCGGAGAAGAAACUCAAUGAUGCUAUCAAAGUAGUCAAAGUCCUUGCAAAGGAUGUCAUAUCGCAGAAGAGGAAGUUAGGGUUUUCCAACCACCAAGAUCUCCUUUCGAGAUUCAUGGCUUGCGUCAAUGACGACAAGUUUUUGGUAGACAUUGUCAUUAGCUUCAUCCUAGCCGGUCAGGACACGAUGGCCUCGGCAUUGUCCGCCUUCUUCUGGCUGCUCGGGAAACAUCCCGAGACCGUGUCGAGGAUUCGGAGCGAGGCGAAGGAAGUCAUGGAUGGGGAUCAAGAAUUUGCGAGUUUUGAGCAAAUAAGGGGACUACAUUAUUUGCAUGCGGUGGUAUAUGAAAGCUUGAGAUUACUCCCUCCCAUUCAGUUCGACUCAAAAUUUGCCCUAAAGGAUGAUGUACUUCCUGAUGGAACUACUGUUAAGGAAGGCACAAGAGUUACUUACCACCCUUAUGCAAUGGCCAGGAUGGACCAAAUUUGGGGGCCCGAUUGCAUGAAAUUCAAGCCUGAGAGGUGGAUCGAAAACGGUAAGUUUUGCCCUCCGAACGCGUAUAAGUACCCAGUCUUUCAAGCCGGAUCAAGGGUUUGCCUCGGGAAGGAAAUGGCCAUAGUCGAGAUGAAAAUCGUGGCGCUGUCAGUUUUACGGAAGUUCGACAUUACGGUCGUCUCGCCAGCGAGCGGACCCCGGUUCAGUCCGGGCCUGACGGCGAUAAUGAAGGGUGGGGUUAAGGUUCUGGUCAAGAAGAAAGGGGACGCUCCACCCCUGGAGGAAAAUUGAUCUCACAACCUGUAAUCGGUUAUGUGAUGGAUGAGUUUCGGUGACUAACAGAGGAGGAAUGCAAGGAACUUUAAUGUUUUGAAAGGGAUGCCUUUUAGGUGCAAAGGUGGUCCAAAAACAACGGUUGAAGAAAAGGAAGAAAUGAUGCACGGUACAGAAGGUGACAGUGUAGCUUAUUCCGGAAUUGGGAAUUGCUUUAUUAUAAGUAAUCACUCGUUCCAGAAAUUUUUUCGUGCCUUUUUUUUGGGGUCUAUUUAUUGAAAUUUUGACACCAUGCAGCUUGUGAGACUAGCUGGUUGAUUACCACAAAAGUCCUGAACUACUAGUUUUAUGUAUUUUGGUGUAAUUUUUAAAUUUGCUUCCUC